AUGCUUCGAAGAACCAUGGAAGUAGCCGUUGCCAACUUGGAUCCCACGCCUAGUAAUACAAAGACCCAACUGGCUGCAGACACAACCUGCUGGAAGGUGACCGUGGCCACCGUCCUAGGCAGUGCCAUUGCUGUCAUUUGCUUAGGUCUCCUUCUGGCCUCCCUCUACAUGCAGGACGUCAGUUUUGAGCACUCGGCUGAACUCAAAGGAAUUCUGUAUGACCACAGCCUACAGCAAGAGACCUCCAGCUAUUACAGGGCUUUGACCCCAGCUCUGGAAAUGCUGUUUAUAAGUAGCUUUCAGAAGACAAAGUUAGAGGAGAGCUGUGUUGGCUGCACUGUGCUGAGUUAUAGGGAUGGGAACUCCAGCGUCCUGGUCCGUUUUCGCCUACAUUUUGUGUCCCAAGCCCUCUGGUCCCUGAGCUCUGGAUUGGAGGAGGAAACGCUCCGGCAAGGUCUAACCAUGAGGUUCCGGGAGCACAGUAUCCCCCUGCCCACCUAUGGGACCAUCUAUUCUGCUGCACUCACAGGGAACAAGGAGCUGCCGGCCACAGAAAUCGAUCUGAAGUCAGGGCGCUGUCCAGGGAAUGCAUUUGUCUGCCAGAAUAACCACUGCGUGUCCAAAGUGAACCCCGAAUGUGACGGCAAAGUGGACUGCUCCGAUGGUUCUGAUGAAGCCCACUGUGAUUGUGGAGGCCAACCUGCCUUGAAAUCAGCCAACAGGAUCGUGGGAGGAAUGGAGGCUGCCAGAGGGGAGUUUCCAUGGCAAGUCAGCCUCCGAGAAAACAAUGAGCACUUCUGUGGGGCAGCUAUCCUCAGUGCCAAAUGGCUGGUAUCUGCAGCUCACUGCUUCAACGAAUUCCAGGACCCCACAGUCUGGAUGGCCUAUGCUGGUACCACCUUUCUCAGCGGCUCUGACAGUGGCACCGUGAAGGCCCGCGUCGCCCAGAUCAUCAAGCACCCCUUCUAUAACUCAGACACGGCAGACUUCGACGUGGCCGUCCUUGAGCUGGGCAGCCCCUUGCCUUUCACCAGCCACAUCCAGCCAGUGUGCCUUCCCUCGGCCACUCACGUCUUCCCUCCCAGGAAGAAAUGUCUUAUCUCAGGUUGGGGCUACCUGAAGGAGGACUUCUUGGUGAAACCUGAGGUCCUCCAGAAGGCAACUGUGGAACUCCUAGACCAGGCGCUGUGUGCAAGCCUCUACGGCAACUCACUCACGGACCAGAUGGUGUGUGCCGGCUACCUGGACGGCAAGGUGGAUUCCUGCCAGGGUGACUCAGGAGGACCACUAGUCUGCGAUGAGCCCUCAGGGAGGUUCUUCCUUGCUGGCAUUGUAAGCUGGGGCAUCGGCUGUGCAGAAGCUCGGAGGCCGGGGGUCUAUGUCCGUGUGACCAGGGUUCGAGACUGGAUUUUAGAGACCAUCUCAACAGCACCAACUGUCAGCGCACCAGCUGUCUUUCCUGACUCCUCCACCACCAGCAGUGACUGGCUCUUGACUACAGAGAGGCUCAUGACCAGCAUCACUACCAAGCCCAAGCUGGUCACCAGCACAGAGCUGGACAUGGUGUCUCUCUAUCCAGGCACCACCUCCAGGCCACAAGAGUGUGGGGGUAGACCCGGCAUGCCCAAACCCAGCAAAAUCGUCGGGGGAUUUGAUGCUGCCAAGGGUGAGGUUCCGUGGCAGGUCAGCUUGAAGGAGGGGUCUCGACACUUCUGUGGAGCCACCGUGGUGGGGGAGAGAUGGCUGGUGUCGGCAGCCCACUGCUUCAAUCACACAAAGACGGACUUUGUGAAGGCGUAUUUGGGGACGACGUCCCUCACGGGGGCAGAUGGCAGUGCUGUGAAGGUCAGCAUCAAGAGUGUGGUGCUCCACCCCUCCUACAACCCCGUCAUACUAGACUUUGACGUGGCCGUGCUGGAGCUGGCCAGCCCACUCCUCUUCAACAAUUAUAUCCAGCCUGUCUGCCUCCCACUGGCCAUCCAGAAGUUCCCUGUGGGCCGGAAGUGCAUGAUUUCUGGAUGGGGGAACAUUCACGAAGGCAAUACAACUAAGCCCGAGAUCCUGCAGAAGGCAUCUGUGGGUAUCAUCGACCAAAAGACAUGCAGCGUCCUCUACAACUUCUCCCUCACCGAUCGUAUGAUAUGUGCUGGUUUUCUGGAGGGGAGAAUAGAUUCCUGUCAGGGUGACUCUGGGGGGCCACUGGCCUGUGAAGAGACCCCAGGCGUGUUUUAUCUGGCAGGGGUUGUGAGCUGGGGGAUUGGAUGUGCCCAAGCUAAAAAGCCAGGAGUGUACUCCCGGAUGACCAGGCUCAAAGACUGGAUUGUCGACACCAUCUCACCUGGCCUGCAGACUGGCACCACCCUCUCACCUGAGAAAACACCCGUCAUUACCAGUCACCCCCUAGAAGCAACCUCAAGCAUAACAACCACAUGGGUGACCACCAGCAAACUGACCCCCAAACCAACCAGCACACCCACCCUCAAGACCACCAGCACACCGACCAGCAGGACUACUCCGAAGCCCACUAGCAGACCCACGAUGAGCAAAACUACCCCACAGCCUACCAGUGAAACUACAACCAGGAGAUCUACCAGUAUGGUCAUCACAGCAAUCAGGCCCACCAGCAGUAAUCUGCCCCCUCCACCACAAACCCAUCAACUGGCCACCCCCAUUCAGCUUCCAGACUGCGGUGUCUCUCCAGUGGGCACCCUCACCAAGAUUGUGGGCGGCAGCGCUGCCAGCCGUGGGGAAUGGCCCUGGCAGGUCAGUCUCUGGCUGAGGAGGAAGGAGCACAAGUGUGGGGCGGUGUUGAUUGCGGACAGGUGGCUGCUCACUGCCGCUCACUGCUUUGACGUUUACAGUGACCCCAACCUGUGGGUGGCCUUCCUGGGGACAGCCUCCCUAAGUGGUGCGGAUGGGAAGGUCGAGAAGGUGUACCGCAUCUACAAGCACCCAUUCUACAAUGUCUACACUUUGGACUAUGACGUGGCCCUCCUGGAACUCUCGGCUCCCGUGAAAUACACCAGCGUCAUCAAGCCCAUCUGUCUCCCAGACCACUCUCACCUCUUCACUGAAGGCACAAAGUGUUUCAUCACUGGCUGGGGCUCCAUCCGAGAAGGAGGGCUGAUGGCGAGGCACCUGCAGAAAGCAGCGGUGAACAUCAUUGGAGAAGAGACGUGCAGGAAGUUUUACCCCAUCCAGAUCAGUAACAGAAUGCUGUGCGCAGGCUUCACCCAGGGAGGUGUAGACAGCUGCUCGGGUGAUGCCGGGGGCCCGCUGGCUUGCAAGGAGCCUGCCGGGAGGUGGUUUCUUGCUGGGGUCACCAGCUGGGGGUACGGCUGUGCCAGACCAUACUUCCCAGGGGUCUACUCCAAGGUGACAGCUGUAAGGGGCUGGAUCAGGCAGAACAUCAGACUCUGACUGGCCAGAAAAAUCAGGAGGCAAGAGGCCAGGCCAAAGUCCCCCCGGCCUGUUUGAAUCAACCUGAAGCAGGCAGCGGCUGCUGACCCUAAGGAGCUGCGUGCCUCCUUCUGCUGGACAGCAGUGAUAGUCUGAAAGCCAAGAACCAUCCCACGUGGUAACUGAUGGAAAGGUGG